AUAUUGGCUGCCUUUAUGUUUACAAUUUAAAUAAUACAUAUAUACCUAGUAUGGGUAGAACAUACAGAUCUAGAAAUAAAAAAAAGAGGCAACAAAUCUUCGUCCAUUCAGAAGAAACUAACGAGUACAUAAUAAACUUAAAAAGGUGGAUGAUUCAAAGGGGGUGGGAAAACAUAUCGGAUUUAGUGUUGGCUAAUUUCAGUACCACAGAAAGGGGAUUGUACUCAAAAAGAAAAAUAGCCGAAAACGAUAGAAUUAUAAGUAUUCCCUUGAAACUAAUGAUAACAUUCGGAACUAUUGCUAGCACUUCUUAUAUGCUCGAACUUUUUAACCCUGAAGAUGGAAAAUUAACAAUCCAUGAACUUAUUUCGAUUUUUAUUGUACUUGAACAUCAUAAAAACGACUAUUCUUAUUGGAAACAUUAUUUCAAAUCACUCCCACGCAGAGUCCAAAUUCCGUGGAUUUGCUCUGAUGACGAACUUAAACUUUUUCCCAGUUAUUUGCAACCUUAUGUUCAAUAUAGACGUUUCAAACUCGAAAAUAGUUGGCAAAACGUUUUAAAUUUGACGAAUAACAAUUGGAGAUGUUCGUGUUGCAAACAAGAUGGGUUUACUUUAAUCACGAAAGAGAUAUUCGAAUGGGCAUAUGUAAUCGUGAAUACAAGAGGGGUUUAUAUCAACCCGAACUUUUACCAAGUACCGAAUAAUUGGCCAAUUCUUUCUGAUGAACCCAAUAUAGCCUUAUGCCCUUUUUUGGAUAUGUUUAACCAUUCCGAUUUAGCCAAUACUGUAGCCAGUGUUGUAAAUGAUAAUUAUGAAUUAAUAUCAUUGACUAAUUAUGAUAAAUAUGAACAAAUUUUCAUAUCGUAUGGUUGUCACGAUAAUUUAAAACUAUUUUGCGAAUAUGGAUUUUUUAUCCCCGGCAAUAAACUGGACAACGUUCAACUUAAUAUUAAAAAUCUUUUCAAUUUAAAAUUGAUUAAAUUAGAUCGUCGACAAUAUAAUUAUGCUAAGGAGAAAGCCUUCACUGAAGAUUUGUUUGUGGACUUUUCUGGUCCCUCUUUCAACUUUAAAGGACUUCUUUUUAUCAGCUUUAACACUGAUUAUCACGUUUGGAACGAAGUUAUUUUUAACGAGAACUAUUCUGUAGACGAUCGUAAAAAAAUGUAUGAAAUUUGUGUGCUCCUUCUUGAAAAAAACCUUAAAGAACUUACGCUCGAAAUGGAAUCGUUCGAAAAUAGAAAAUCUUUUGUUUCUGCAGACAUUUUUGAAUCAGUAUCGGCUUUUACAAAAUGUAGGUUAGAUUUCGUA